AUGCGCUUGAUAAACGCCAGAACCAUCGAAUUGGAGGAAUUUGUUGGCCAGAAUAUUCCUAGAUACGCUAUCCUGUCUCAUACGUGGGGAAAAGAUGAAGUCACUUUUCAGGACAUGCAGACACCGACAGUCACCGAGAAGUUGGGGUACGCCAAAAUCAAGCAUUCCUGCGAACGGGCUCUGCAAGAUAGUCUAGGCUAUGUAUGGGUGGAUACCUGCUGCAUCGAUAAAACGAGCAGUGCUGAACUUUCUGAAGCCAUCAACUCUAUGAUGGCAUGGUACGCGCAGUCCAAAAUUUGCUAUGCCCACCUAGCAGACGUACCUCCGAUCACUGAUCAAGGGCUUGAUAAAGCUGCUUUUUCACGGAGUCGAUGGUUCACUCGAGGAUGGACUCUUCAGGAGCUCAUUGCACCAGCAGAACUGGUAUUUCUAGCUCAGGAUUGGUCAGACCUAUAUGAGAGGGAGAUUUUAGCUGGGCUUAUAAGUGAUAUCACUGGUAUCCACCACUCAUUUUUAGAUUGGAGGCUAGAUAAUUCGAUGCUUGGAUUCAGAUUGAAGUCGACAAGUAUCGCUGAAAGAAUGAGCUGGGCUUCGAACCGUGAAACCACUCGAACUGAAGACAUGGCAUAUUCCCUGUUGGGUUUACUUCAAGUCAACAUGCCGCUCCUGUAUGGGGAGGGCUCCGCUGCCUUUCGAAGACUACAAGAAGAAAUCAUCAAAUAUUCCGACGAUCAGUCAUUGUUUGCGUGGAGUUUCAGAGGACCAGAACAUGAUUUGAAUCAUAAACGACCAUGGUCGAUAUCUCAGUCAUUGCUCGAGAAAAUAGUUUUUAUCUUUAAAGACUAUGAAACCCCUCCAGAAUCUUCUGGAGCAAUGCGAAUAGACAUCUCAGACAUCUCGGAGAUCCUCGCUGAGUCUCCAGCGGCAUUUCGAGGUUGUGGCGACAUAGUUCCAUGCGACGUCAAAAAGCCGACCCCUCCUUUCUCGAUGACCAAUAAGGGUCUAAGCAUAGAACUGCCACUUCUUGAGCUCUCAGACGGCUACUUCGCUCUCCUACAGUGUCAAACGAAGACAGACCCUACAAAGCUAAUAGCCCUGCCAUUACUGAAAAUAGACGAUACCUACUGCCGAUCCAAACGGGGGAAUUAUGUGGCUAAUCAUGCAGCCUGGUUGAGAUGGCCACGUGCUCAACUUUAUUUCUUUCCCGACGAAGAUUCAACCAUUGCAGGUAUCAUGAAUUGCCCCUGCUAUUCUGUCGUUAUAAAAACCCUUCCACCCAAUCUUCGGAUAGCAAAAGUGCUCCCAUCUAGUCCAUACUGGCAGCCCGAUUCGAUGGUCAUAUUCAAAAAGGCCCGAGACGUUUUCGACUCCGAUGUUAAAGACGUUUUCGUACAAUUCCAGGAUAUUGGUGAUAACGGACAGACAUUCAUAUUGGCUGUUCGUAUGCAGCAAAAUCUCUCCUGGCGGCCUAACGCCAAAUGGCAGGAUACUCUCACACCUUAUCUAUUUCUUCCUCCAUCCGAUAAUAUCAACGUGACGCUAAAGGACUUACAGAACGUGUUGCGACAGGAAAGUUUAAGACCAAAGCUGUCAGUCCCAUACUACGUUGAAAUAACUACACAAACAUUGUCUCGGAGUGGCCUUUACAUGGUUGAUAUUAUACCCAAACGCCGUGCCAAAAGGGAGGGGAAUAAAGAGAUACAUAACUUGAAAUUCUGGACGGGUCUGCUGCGUCGAACUUUGAUACGUGAUUCGCUAGUAGAGCGCGUCUAUGAAGACUGGCUUGAUCACUUAUGUGACCGAGGGCUUAGGUCUCUUCGGUUGCUCGCACUUUUAUCCUUGUUUUUCGCUUUCCCCUUCGACCUCAUACUCAAGGUGGUUGUGUCACUGACCACGCCAGUGCUAUCGCACAUUGCUUUCUAUACAAAGUGUCUGACAGCUGCCAGUUAUGAGAACCGUCUCACAUCUGUGGUUCAUGAAAUGAGCCGGACAGUUAUGGCCCAUAAGUUCAGUAUCGCAGCAGUUGUCUCGGCAAGUGGUCUACUACUAAGCAACACCGCUGCCAUGCGCAAGAUUUUCAUCUGGGUUCUGAAGUAUUCACGUUCCAAAGGUGUUUUGAAGAUCCUUCUACUGUACAUCAUCUGCAAAUGUAUUCCACCGAGGACGCUCUUGUCUUUUGCUGGUGAAGAAGAAAUCUAUCAUGAAGAUUGA